AUGGUCGAUCAACGCACCGACGGUCGUCAAGGAAACGGAUUAACGAGCGAGGCCGAGAACGAGAACCGCCGAACAGAAUCCAGCUCGUCCAAACAAACGGACCGACCGACCGUUCGGUCGUUCUUUCACUCAACCAGAUGCAUCUCCACAACACGCAGGCCGGUGCGAGGCAAACAAACGCCGGCCAAGCGAAGCGCUAGAAUGGUCGUUGUCGACCAGUUCGCGUCGCACCCUCAUAAAUCAUUCUCUGACAGCCGUAUAACCUUCGGAAUUAGCGACAGGCCAGAGAGCAGCAGGCGCCUUCGCAUUUCUGGAUCAUCUCUAUUUGUCGACCGACGACUAAUAUACAGCCGAAGCAAGCGGCGGCAGUCAAGCACACAGGCGUUAUUCGUUUUGGCAAACAUGAGAAUAACCGGUCGCACCUGA